ACAUGACGUCAUCGACCAUUCUGCGCAAGGAUUGUAUUCAACAGAAUGAGCAGCUGGUUACGCUGUGUAGCCUACAGUCAAUAAUAGUAGAAUACAUGUAUGUACGUUGUCUAUAGCUGAAUGGUAGGCUAUCAACACAGCAAGGUAACCUGACAAAAUGGAGAGGGGAAAUUACGGUGGCUACUCCCGGGAGUAUUUUGACCGCUUUAUUGAAAGCCAAGACUCAUCUGUUGUGAACAAGUUCCAGCAAAAGUACUGGAAAACCAAACAGAAGAUCAUCAAGGUCACGGGAAAGAAAGAGGACGAACAUGUCGUGGCAUCAGACGCAGACCUGGAUGGCAAACUGGAGGUGUUUCACUCUGUCCAGAGAACGUGCAUGGAGCUAUUGAAGGUGAUCGAGCAGUACCAGAGAAGAAUCUGCUUUCUAUCCCAGGAGGAGAAUGAGUUGGGGCGGUUCCUGCGCUCACAGGGCUCCCAGGACCGGACCAGGGCUGGGAAGAUCAUGCAGGCUACUGGGAAGGCCCUCUGCUUCUCCUCCCAGCAGAGGCUGUCUCUGCGUAGUCCUUUGUCUCGCCUCUACCAGGAGGUGGAGACUUUCCGAUACCGGGCCAUCUCUGACACCUGGCUGACGGUGAACCGCAUGGAACAGUCCAGGACGGAAUACCGUGGAGCACUGCUCUGGAUGAAGGAUGUAUCCCAGGAGCUCGAUCCAGACACACACAAACAGAUGGAGAAAUUCCGCAAGGUCCAAGUGCAGGUGCGAACCACUAAAACAAGCUUUGACAAACUGAAGAAUGAUGUCUGCCAGAAAGUCGAUUUAUUAGGAGCCAGCCGCUGCAAUCUGCUUUCUCAUGUUUUAACCACAUACCAGACCACCCUGUUGCACUUCUGGGAGAAGACGUCUCACACUAUGGCUGCCAUUCAUGAGAGCUUUAAGGGCUGCCAGCAUUUUGAGUUCUCUACAAUCAAGAGCCUCCAAGACCCCAUGGAUAAACUGUCAUCUCAGGGAUCGAAGAAAAAGAGGGAGAAGAAAGUCCAAACAAAGACAGAUCUUGAGGAGACUGCAGAUGGCCAACUUAUCUCAAUAGAUCCCAAUGAAGAGUCUAAUGAAGAAGCUCAAACCAAGACACCUUCUGGACAAUUCUUUGAAGACAUCGACCUUAAUAGACAAAUGACAGGGCCUGAGGAUCUUCUCUCAGCCUUCUCUCGUCAGGAGCAGGAGGAGGGUGGAGAGAGGGACAGCAUGGCCUUGUUGAAUGAGAUUCUGGGCAGCACGUCUCUGGAUGAGGGCGAGUUCUCACAGGAGUGGCAGGAGGUGUUUGGUAAGGGGGACCAGGGGAGCGGAGCCACUAGUAGAGGGGGCCUAGUGGGACCCCAGCAGGAGGAAGACUCCUCCAUCUUCCUCCCAUCUCACCUCCUGGACCAGAACAGGAACAACCUCCAAUCUUCUCUCUCAGAUUGGGCCACGAGCAUUCCACAGCCCAUCUCCCAGGCAACAGCGCAAUCAUCUGGAGCCAAUCAGAACCCCUCUAGGCCAGCAGCAGUGAGAGAGACUUCAGAGACCGCCAAAGACCUCUCAGCCUGGUUCAACCUGUUCGCCGACUUGGACCCUCUGUCGAACCCAGAUGCAGUAGGCAGGAGUGGGCAGGAGCAUGAGCUUCACAACGCAUAGACCUGCGACGUGAUUCACAUCCAGGGCAAGCUCCUACGCUAUAAGUUAGCAUAAUGCACAACAAGGUCAUGGUUAUUUUGCUGUUAACAUCUGUUCUAGGGUCAUCUCUUUCUCAACCCCCGACCUACUCCUUACCAUUGAGUUAAACAACAAUUUUACCCUGGACCAGCUGUUAGAGGCAUUUACUGUACAAGUGGUAUCAAUCAAUUGAGCUUGAAAUCAAGAAUUCCAAAAGAAAACAAAUGUUAUUUGUGUCUGUUUUAACAUGAUUCAUCAAUGUUUAUAAGUUAAGUUGUCAGAGCGGGUAGAUGCUUUCAACAACCAAAGGAUGUACGAUUAGAUUUUUCAGAAUUAUUGCCUUGUCAUUUGGGUAUACCUGUAAGCUUUCUGGUGGUGACAAUGAGGCCUUUACACCCAUCUCAACAAUAGGAAAAUCAGUAUACAGUAUGAAAGGGUAAAAUAUGUAUCAGUUUUGUCUGAUCGAUCAUACAUUUAUUGCAUGUUUUGUGUAUUCCUUAUUUAGUUGUGUGGUUGUACUCACGAUAUGUUAUUGUCAACAGUAACAUAUCUAACAUUUGAUUUGUUUGAAAUACACUGUCUUUAGGGCCUGGAAUAUAUUCAAGGUGUGUUAUAGAGCAGCGCACUAGACAGCUGACAAUGCACCUUUUUAAAAGGCAUUUUCUCAGACGUUUGUGGAAAUUCUAUUCAUGGUAACCACUGCACAUGUCGGCUCCAGCGUAAAGGACCUUAGUCUGUUCUAUUGCGCUGGUCUAUAACACGCCUCAGAUUGCAUCCCAGCCUAGGUGUACAUUUAUUAACUAGCUGCACUUUCAAGUACACAAUCUGUAUUCUAUUGCUUGGAGAGCAACCUAUGGAAGAGUGGAAAAUGUGCAUAACACACAUUCUAACCUGCAUAAAAUACAUAUGUUGUAAUUGGUGACUGGUUUUAAGCUUGUAAUCAAAAUGAUUAGAAUUAUUUUAAUUGUGGAGUGCUGAAAAGUGUGCAUUUUGAUUGUCAUUCAAAAUUUGCUAAAUGAGACUAACUUAUUAGAAUUAAACUUGCCAUUGUUUACAUUAAAAGCCUUGUUUUAUUCCUGUUAUCUUAUGUAUUGUUGCUUUAUUUGAAUGCUGCAAAGCUAUGCUAUUGUUCCUCUAUUGUCAGGUUACAACUACCACAAGACUAUUUCCUCUUUGGUUUAUUAGCUUUGAAUACAUAGUGGGAUGUGUGCAUUCUCUCAACUGACAGAAUUUCUAAUCGCACGAUGAAUCCCUGAGGCAUAUGCUGUCACUGUGGGCUUCCUCUGAACCAUGAAACUGAACUAAUAAGCCAGGUUGAGGGGUUCAAGGGCUCGAUUAAAUCCGUAUCGCUGAAGUUCAGCGCUAUAGCACCCUUUGAAGUAAAAUGUCAGAUUGAGACGACAUAUGCAGCGUUUACCGUGAAUGCAGUCUCCGCGAACGCAGGAACGUUGCCGUUAAAUUACAUUUAUGCUAUAGCUCUGAACUUUGGCAAUAAGGACUGAAUCUAGUGCCUAGUCUCGCUUGGCCAGCCUUCCAAAAUCCUGUCUUGUUGGAAGCCUGGGCUUAAUAAGCGAAAGGGGUUCUAAUACAUCUAAAAUAAUAUGAAGCUAGUGCUUUAAAAAAUAGACAAACAUCAAGUGUGUUUUUUAUUGCUUACUUUAUUGUAAAAACACAAGGUCUACAUAUAAAACAUGAAAUACACAGGCAUGAAAUAUUAGUGCCGAACAUGGCAAGCCUUGCUGAACUCUGAAAAUGUUAGUAUAAUUUCAAACUAGUCAUCGAGCAGCGGUCAUCUUUACCGACAAAAUAUACAUCUAGGUUUGGGAGGAUUGUGUUGCAUAUGUUUGUUUGUUUUGCAAAUGGUUGUCUGUUUUUACUUAAAAUACUGUCAUAAUUUUUUAAUAUUAUUGCCAAGGGGUUUUAACGUAAUGUACUGAAGAUACAUAAUACAAUUAGGGAAUGGAUUCAAUCCGUAUCGUAGAAGUAUCGGGGGAGGCCCACAUUAUAGCUCGAUUUAAAUUUAAAGGCAAUAAUUCCAGCGGUACAUCCGCGACAAGGAUUGAAUGCAGCCCUUGUACAGUUUCAUGAAAUAUUUUACUCCAUAUUGAACAUCAAAUCAAACACUAGGAUACUCAUAGUUGAUUUGCUUUACAUUUUAUAUAGUACUGUGUAAUAUUAUAUAGUGAUUAUCACGCCUGGAAUUAAGUGCUUUGAAAAUCUCAUUAGCCUCAAUGUUAAUUCCGAAUAUGACAGAAUUAUAAGUGUUUGUUGAUUGCUUAUCUAUUUCGUAUUAAAAAAAGUAACUUUUGGCUUUGGUUUUUUGCUAAUUUCUUUUUUUGUUGAUGCUGAAAAAAAUGUUUUGGGCUAGAUUCUAUCAGAUGCGCACUGGCCAACACCCGCAGUGGCAUUAUACCUGAAGUGGACAUUGCCAUUGGCUUCUUGGAGAAGCAUUACGAGAAAUCCCAUGUAGCCUUGUUUACAAGUUCGAUCACUGGAAUGUGAGACGUAAUCUAUACCUCGAUUAGGCUGAUAGAAUUCCUCAUUUUAUUGAAUGAUAUUCAAUUAGAGCGUCAUUAUUUCUAUAUAGCCUACACUUUCUCUUUCUGAACUUCUAAUGCCAGAGGGACGGCUGUGGCAAUGAUUACAGAAGCAGCUGUUCACUGAUUUGACAACUUCAACGCAAUAACAACUGACACCGCCAAAACUCAAAGCACCGCUGGUUAACACUUAAUCCGAUUGAAUCUAGGCCUUAUUUUGAUCUAUUUUAUUGGUUAAAUGUCAUAGCUCAUAUUUAAUCAAUUUCAUCAGGUUGAACAGGCUGUGAAAGACAAUACUGCUGAUAUCUUGGAGCUACAAUAAAUAACCUCUGGAAUGUCUCUUAAGCACUUGACAGAUUCCCGUGCACCAAGUUAUCAUUUCUAUCGAUGGCAAUCUAAUAUGUUGUGUUGAAAGAUUAGAAUCAGCACUUGUAUAAAGACUAUGGAAUGUCUUUGGAGUAAUGUCAUGAAUGAACCAUAAAAGGCAACGUCAAAGUUCAUGCUUGAGUAGUAGUACAUUCCAAAUAACCUGAGUUCAUUGGCUAUUCAGGGGACCUGAAACAAGGCUAUGUGGGGACACUGUGCUUUGUAGCUGGCUGUUUGGUCACUUUCAGAUCGUCUUUCUUCAGAUUUUUGUCAUGCGUUUACAUAAACUGGAUUGAAACCUGAAAUAAGUGUAAACAUUCAGGGAAAGGUGGAGCCUUGUAUUAUAACUGUACGACAUCCCAAUAGGGUUUUCAAUAUAAA